CGGCCACAAAGUGGAAUUCUCACCACUAAACUACAGCCACUUUGUUGGUCAAUCUUGUUGAACGUAAUAGAGGUUUGAUACAAAGAAACCUUUUGUAUACAUCCUCCGUUACUCAUCUGUUCUUCACUAAAAAGCCUAACGCUUCACUAAUCCUGUUUUAAUUACUCCUUAGUCAUUUACUCUAGACCAGCCCCCACUAAUAGAACCUUUUAUUACUCUUAAUAAUCACACCACUAACUCCAAAAAAAUCAGUAUAAAUUCGAUCUAUCGCUAGCCCUCUCUGAUCGCACAACCAAGAAAUUUACAAAAAAAAAACAAAGCCACAGCAAUAAAAAAAAGAAUGGCUUCAAACACCACUUUCCUCUUCGCCACCGUGGCACUUCUUGGCCUCCUCCUCCUCCAAAUCACCACCGUCUCAUGCAGAGAUCUUCCAUCGGAGUCAACCAACAUAGCGGCGAGGCUCCAAAGCGGAGGACUAAUGGAUUGCUGGAACGCAUUGUACGAGCUUAAAUCAUGCACUGACGAGAUCGUUCUCUUCUUCCUCAACGGCGAAACCAAACUCGGUGUUAGUUGUUGUGAAGCCGUCGACGUCAUUACGACCAGUUGUUGGCCUGCGAUGCUCACUUCUCUCGGCUUUACAUCUGAGGAAGCUAAUGUCCUACGUGGCUUUUGCCAGGAUCCAAACUCUAGCGACUCUUCUCCAGCUGCUUCUCCCAAGAAAGCUUGAUUGUGAUAUUAUUAAUACAAGCAAAUGGCUAUGAAAAAAUCUUUUAAUGCUCGUGUUUUGUUUUAGAUCCAUUUAACUAUUAUCAAAUAAAAGAUUUAUCAAGUU